UCAUUAUUUUUGAGUGCUCAUUCGGAAUAUGAUGUACAUUAAAAUUGUGAUGUUUUUCUCCUCACUUUUCUUCUUCUUAAUAGCGACAACUGUAACGACAGUUACAACUCAAUCCACUGUUUCAACAACUCCAUCAACAACUGCGUCAACAACUCUUUCCACAACUUCAAUAGCAACUCCAUCUAUAACUGCGUCAGCAACACCUUCCACAACUUCAACAACAACUCCAUCCACAACUGCGGCAACAACUCCUUCCACAACUUCAACAACAACCACAUCCACAACUUCGUCAACAACACCUUCCACAACUACAACAACUCCAUCCAUAACUUCAACAAAAACUGCGUCAACAACUCCUUCCACAACUUCAACAACAACUCCAUCCACAACUUCAACAACAACUGCGUCAACAACUCCUUCCACAACUUCAACAACAACAACCACAUCCACAACUGCGUCAACAACACCUUCCACAACUACAACAACUCCAUCCACAACUUCAACAACAACUGCGUCAACAACUCCUUCCACAACUUCAGCAACAACCACUUCCACAACUGCGUCAACAACUCCUUCCACAACUUCAACAACUCCAUCCACAACUGCGUCAACAACUCCUUCCACAACUUCAACAACAACUUCAACAACAACCACAUCCACAACUGCGUCAACAACUCCUUUAACAACAUCUCCAUCCACAACUGCGUCAACAACACCUUCCACAACUACAACAACUCCAUCCACAACUUCAACAACAACUGCGUCAACAACUCCUUCCACAACUUCAACAACAACUCCAUCCACAACUUCAACAACAACUGCGUCAACAACUCCGUCCACAACUUCAACAACAACCACGACUACAACAACUCCAUCCACAACUUCAACAACAACUGCGUCAACAAAUCCUUCCACAACUUCAACAACAACCACAUCCACAACUGCGUCAACAACUCCUUUAACAACAUCUCCAUCCACAACUACGACAACAACACCUUCCAAAACUUCAACAACAACUCCAUCCACUACUACGUCAACAACUCCUUCCACAACUUCAACAUCAACCACAUCCACAACUCCAUCCACAACUUCAACAACAACUGCGUCAACAACUCCUUCCACAACUUCAACAACAACGAUCACAUCCACAUCUGCGUCAACAACACCUUUCACAACUACAACAACUCCAUCCACAACUUCAACAACAACAACCACAUCCACAACUGCGUCAACAACACCUUCCACAACUACAACAACUCCAUCCACAACUUCAACAACAACUGCGUCAACAACUCCUUCCACAACUUUAACAACAACCACAACUUCAACAACUCCUUCCACAACUUCAACAACAACUGCGUCAACAACUCCUUCCACAACUUCAACAACAACUGCGUCAACAACUCCUUCCACAACUUCAACAUCAACCACAUCCACAACUGCGUCAACAACUCCUUCCACAACUUCAACAACAACCACAACUGCGUCAACAACAUCUUCCACAACUACAACAACUCCAUCCGCAACUGCGGCAACAACUCCUUCCACAAUUUCAACAACAACCACAGCCACAACUUCGUCAACAACACCUUCCACAACUACAACAACUCCAUCCACAACUUCAACAACAACUGCGUCAACAACUCCUUCCACAACUUUAACAACAACCACAUCCACAACUGCGUCAACAACUCUUUUAACAACAUCUCCUUCCACAACUACGUCAACAACACCUUCCACUACUGCGUCAACAUCUCCAUCCACAACUGCGUCAACAACUCCUUCCACAACUUCAACAUCAACCACAUCCACAACUGCGUCAACAACUCCUUCCACAACUUCAACAACAACCACAACUGCGUCAACAACACCCUCCACAACUACAACAACUCCAUCCACAACUGCGGCAACAACUCCUUCCACAACUUCAACAACAACCACAUCCACAACUUCGUCAACAACACCUUCCACAACUGCGUCAACAUCCCUAUCGACAACUGCGUCAACAACUCCUUCCACAACUUCAACAACAACCACAACUGCGUCAACAACACCUUCCACAACUACAACAACUCCAUCCACAACUUCAACAACAACUGCGUCAACAACUCCUUCCACAACUUCAACAACAACUGCGUCAACAACUCCUUCCACAACUUCAACAUCAACCACAUCCACAAGUGCGUCAACAACUUCAUCCACAACUGCGUCAACAACUCCUUCCACAACUUCAACAACAACCACAACUGCGUCAACAACACCUUCCACAACUACAACAACUCCAUCCACAACUUCAACAUCAACCACAUCCACAACUCCAUCCACAACUUCAACAACAACUGCGUCAACAACUCCUUCCACAACUUCAACAACAACAAUCACAUCCACAUCUGCGUCAACAACUCCUUCCACAACUUCAACAACAACUGCGUCAACAACUCCUUCCACAACUUUAACAACAACCACAUCCACAACUGCGUCAACAACUCCUUUAACAACAUCUCCAUCCAUAACGACGUCAACAACACCUUCUACAACUUCAACAACAACUCCAUCCACUACUGCGUCAACAACUGUUUCCACAACUUCAACAAUAACUCCAUCCACAACUGCGUCAACAACUCCAUCCACAACUUCAACAACAUCUCCAUCCACAACUACGUCAACAACACCUUCCACAACUUCAACAACAUCUCCAUCCACAACUGCGUCAACAUCCCUAUCGACAACUGCGUCAACAACUCCUUCCACAACUUUAACAACAACUCCAUCCACAACUGCGUCAACAACUCCUUCCACAACCUCAUCCUCGACUGCUUCAACAAUAACAACUGAAGCAUCCACACUUGCGACUAUUCCAUCUACUACAUGUUCAGAUACGGAAGUAUAUGAUGUCAAUGCCUUACAUAUAAAUUGUCAACCUUCAUGCGCUUAUCCUUUAGGACAACUUAAUUGCCCUCAGGGAAUUUAUCCAGGUUGUACAUGUAGUUCAUCAUAUCCCAUUAGAUACGCAGUUGGCGUUUGCAUUCCUGCCGACUAUUGUCCAACAAUAACUACUACAGCUUCCUCAACAGUUUGCAAUGCCAAUCAAACAUAUGAUCCACAUGCUGCAAAUGCCCUCUGCAGACCAUCUUGUCAGAAUCCUGAAGGAUCUAUCCUGUGUGGUCCGAGAUUUUUUCCAUCUUGUGUUUGUCUACCAAUGUUUGUCUUAAAUACAAAUACCAGACAAUGUAUUCUUCCAUCAGAAUGUCCUAACUUUGGAAGAUAUCCCGGUAAUGAAAAUGCUUAUAGAUUAAAGCGACAAAUUUCAUUUUGCGGGCUAAAUGAAUUGUAUGAUGCAAGAGCAGCACAUCCAUCUUGCAGACCUUCUUGUGAUAAACGUCAAGGGUCAUUGAUAUGCGAUAAAUUACCUGGCCUUUAUCCUGGAUGUGUUUGCCAAUUACCUUACGUUAGGUAUAAACCUACCCAGCAAUGCAUUCUUCCAGAAAACUGUCCAAGUAUAUUCCUUUUGUAUAAUGAUGGAUAUGCAAAUAACUAUAAUAAUUAUUUUUAUAAUGGAUUUCGUCAAAUAUCAGCACAAUCCACGACAGCGUCUAGCUCUCAAUCAUCAACUGAUUCAACGACUCAAUCCACGACAGUUUCAACGACUCAAUCAUCAACUGAUUCAACGACUCAAUCUACGACAGUUUCAACGACUCAAUCAUCAACUGAUUCAACGAUUCAAUCCACGACAGUUUCAACUUCUCAACCGUCAAAUGUCUCAACAGUUUGCAAUGCCAAUCAAACAUAUGAUCCACAUGCUGCAAAUCCUCUCUGCAGACCAUCUUGUCAGAAUCCUGAAGGAUAUAUCGUGUGUAGUCCGACAACUACUACUAAUUGCGUUUGCAAAAGCCAGUUUGUAAGAAAUGAUGCCAAGAAGUGUAUUUUACCUACGAAUUGUCCUGCGUCAGAUACAACAGAACCGACUGUCACAACUGAAUCAACUGUUUCAACUACUCAAUCUACUACAGUUUUAACUACUCAACCCUCAACUACAACAACUCAAUCCACAACACAGUCAACAACACAAUCCACAACAACGUCAACUUCUCAACCUUCAACAACUCAGUCCACGACAGUCUCAACUACUGAACCAUCAACCGAAACAACAACAGUUUUAACUACUCAACCCUCAACUUCAACAAUUCAAUCCACAACAGAGUCAACAACACAAUCCACAACAACGUCAACUUCUCAACCUUCAACUGAUUCAACAACUCAGUCCACGACAGUCUCAACUACUGAACCAUCAACUGAAACAACAACAGUUUUAACUACUCAACCCUCAACUUCAACAAUUCAAUCCACAACAGAGUCAACAACAAAAUCCACAACAACGUCAACUUCUCAACCUUCAACUGAUUCAACAACACAGUCCACGACAGUUUCAACUACUGAACCAUCAACCGAAACAACAACAGUUUUAACUACUCAACCCUCAACUACAACAACUCAAUCCACAACACAGUCAACAACACAAUCCACAACAACGUCAACUUCUCAACCUUCAACUGAUUCAACAACUCAGUCCACGACAGUUUCAACUACUGAACCAUCAACCGAAACAACAACAGUUUUAACUACUCAACCCUCAACUACAACAACUCAAUCCACGACAACGUCAACUUCUCAACCUUCAACAACUCAGUCCACGACAGUCUCAACUACUGAACCAUCAACUGAAACAACAACAGUUUUAACUACUCAACCCUCAACUUCAACAAUUCAAUCCACAACAGAGUCAACAACAAAAUCCACAACAACGUCAACUUCUCAACCUUCAACUGAUUCAACAACUCAGUCCACGACAGUUUCAACUACUGAACCAUCAACCGAAACAACAACAGUUUUAACUACUCAACCCUCAACUACAACAACUCAAUCCACGACAACGUCAACUUCUCAACCUUCAAUAACUCAGUCCACGACAGUCUCAACUACUGAACCAUCAACUGAAACAACAACAGUUUUAACUACUCAACCCUCAACUACAACAACUCAAUCCACGACAACGUCAACUUCUCAACCUUCAACAACUCAGUUCACGACAGUAUCAACUACUGAACCAUCAACCGAAACAACAACAGUUUUAACCACUCAACCCUCAACUACAACCACUCAAUCCACAACACAGUCAACAACACAAUCCACAACAACGUCAACUUCUCAACCUUCAACUGAUUCAACAACUCAGUCCACGACAGUCUCAACUACUGAACCAUCAACCGAAACAACAACAGUUUUAACUACUCAACCCUCAACUACAACAACUCAAUCCACGACAACGUCAACUUCUCAACCUUCAACAACUCAGUUCACGACAGUCUCAACUACUGAACCAUCAACCGAAACAACAACAGUUUUAACUACUCAACCCUCAACUACAACAACUCAAUCCACGACAACAUCAACUUCUCAACCUUCAACAACUCAGUCCACGACAGUCUCAACUACUGAACCAUCAACCGAAACAACAACAGUUUUAACUACUCAACCCUCAACUACAACAACUCAAUCCACGACAACGUCAACUUCUCAACCUUCAACAACUCAGUUCACGACAGUCUCAACUACUGAACCAUCAACCGAAACAACAACAGUUUUAACUACUCAACCCUCAACUACAACAACUCAAUCCACAACAACGUCAACUUCUCAACCUUCAACUGAUUCAACAACUCAGUCCACGACAGUCUCAACUACUGAACCAUCAACCGAAACAACAACAGUUUUAACUACUCAACCCUCAACUACAACAACUCAAUCCACGACAACGUCAACUUCUCAAUCUUCAACAACUCAGUCCACGACAGUCUCAACUACUGAACCAUCAACCGAAACAACAACAGUUUUAACUACUCAACCCUCAACUUCAACAAUUCAAUCCACAACAGAGUCAACAACACAAUCCAUAAUAACGACAACUUCUCAACCUUUAACCACUCAGUCCACGACAGUUUCAACUACUGAACUAUCAACUACAACAACUCAAUCCACAACAGCGUCAACAACUCAACCUUCAACAGAGUCAACAACUCAAUCCACAACAGCGUCAACUUCUCAACCAUCAACUGACUCAACAACUCAAUCCACAACAGCGUCAACAACUCAAUCAUCAACAGAGUCAACAACCCAAUCCACAACAGCGUCAACUUCUCAACCUUCAACUGAUUCAACGACUCAAUCCACGACAGUUUCAACUACUGAACCAUCAACUGCAACUACAACUGAAUCCACAACACCGUCAACAUCACAAUCAACAACAAGCUCAACAACUUCAACGACAACUACAUCAUCUACAACUGUAUCCUCUACUUCAUCUACUGUAAUAACCACAGCAUCCACAUCUUCAACUAUAAAAACAACACUUGCAACUAUUCCAACUAUAACGUGCACAGAAAGAGAAAUUUAUGACCCGAAUGCUUUUCACGAAAAUUGUCAAUCUUGGUGCGCUUAUCCUUUAGGAAAACCUAAUUGCCCUCAAGGUUUUUAUCCUGGUUGUAAGUGUAGACCAGCAUAUCCUAUUAGAAACGCAAGGGGUGUGUGUAUUAUCGCUCUAAACUGUGCAGUAACAACUACCACAACUGCUUCAACAGUUUGCAAUGCCAAUCAAACAUAUGAUUCAAGAGCUGCAAAUCCUAAUUGCAGGCCAACUUGUAAGGAUCGUCAAGGAGCAGUGGAAUGUGAUUCGUUAUUUUAUCCCUCUUGCGUUUGUCUACAAAUAUAUGUUUUAAACACAAAUACGAAUCAAUGUAUUUUUCCAUCAGAUUGUCCCUAAAGGAACAAAUUAUAUGACUGUAAUUUUUCCUGGAUGUGUUUGCCUGAAACCCUACAUCAGGUAUAGAAUUACCAAUCAAUGCAUCCUUGCAUCCAAUUGCCCAACUGUAUACCUUGUAUACAUAUAUAAUGGUAGAUAUUUUGAUUACUUCAAUAAUAAUAAUUAUUAUAAUAGAUUCCUUCGAUAGAAAAUUACCACCUAGAAUUUAUGUUAACAAUACAAUGUAUUGUAAUACAACUGAAUUGCAUGAAUUAUAUAAUGUAUUCUAACUAUAUAUGAAUUUAUUAAA